GUGGCGCUUGUCAAAACUGACGUCAUUUGUCGUCCUCGUGCAAGAUGGCUGACAACAAAUUAUAUGAUCUCCUUGGCGUGAGCCGAAAUGCUACUGAUACUGAUUUAAAAAAGGCUUAUAGAAAACUUGCAAAGGAGUUCCACCCUGAUAAAAAUCCUGAGGCUGGGGAAAAGUUUAAGGAAAUAAGCUUUGCUUAUGAAGUCCUGUCAAAUCCCGAAAAACGUGAAAUAUAUGAUAGACAUGGCCUUGAUGGUAUCAAAGAAGGUGGAGCAGGUCCAGGUGGUGGCUUUGGGGGAGCUAGCAUGUUUGAAGAUCUUUUCGGUGGAUUCUUUGGAUUCCCAGGAUCUGGCAUGGGCGGUGGAGGAAGAGGAAAAAGAAGAGGAGAAGACACACUUCACCCUUUGAGAGUAUCUUUAGAAGAUUUGUACAAUGGAAAGACAACAAAAUUACAGCUUAGCAAAACAGUAAUAUGUAAAAAGUGUAAUGGUAUGGGUGGUAAAAGUGGAGCCAGCAUGCGUUGUAAAAAAUGUAAUGGUCGUGGUGUGCAAGUGCAGCUGAGACAGCUAGGACCAGGAAUGGUGCAACAGUUGCAGAGUAUAUGCUCAGACUGCCAUGGAGAGGGUGAAGUUAUCAAAGAAAAAGAUAGGUGUGGGGAAUGUAAAGGCAAAAAAGUUUGUAACGAGACAAAAAUACUUGAAGUUCACGUAGACAAAGGAAUGAGGGAUGGACAGAAAAUCCCUUUUAGGGGUGAAGGAGAUCAGCAGCCUGGAAUGGAACCUGGAGAUGUGAUAAUUGUAUUACAACAAAAAGAACAUGAAGUGUUUACUAGGAAAGAUGCAGACCUUGUGAUGGAACAUGAUAUAUCUUUGACCGAAGCCUUGUGUGGCUGUCAGUUUAUUGUCAAACAUUUAGAUGGUCGUGACCUUAUCAUUCAGAAUAAACCAGGGGAAGUUAUUGUUCCAGGUAAAUUAAAGAUGGUGGAAGGUGAAGGCAUGCCUAGGCACAGAAAUCCCUUUGAAAAGGGAAACCUGUACAUAAACUUUAACAUCAAAUUUCCAGAGAACAAUUUUGCCUCAGAGGAACAACUAAAGACUUUGGAAAGUGUGCUUCCUCCUCGGCCUAGAACUGAAAUACCCACCGGUGAGAAUGUAGAAGAGGUUAAUCUUGUUGACUUUGAUGGCAGCAAGGGCUCUGGUGUCCAUGGUGCAAGAUUAGAAGCAUACCAUGAUGAUGACGAGGAGGAUGGACAUGGUGGGCACCCGCGUAUGCAGUGUCAACACCAGUAGGGUUAGCUAUCAAUAAAAAUGUACAUACAUUUUGAAACUUUUUUCCCAAUCAUGAGUAAUUUUGGUGAUUUACAAUGUUUGUUUUUUCUAGUGAAGUAAAAUUUGUCAGAAUGAAAAUUGUUUUUCUUAGUCAAGUGGAAUGGAGGUGAUGGUAGAAUAUUGGACACCAUCGGGCUACUGCAUUGCAAAUCCAGUAACUUAUAACAAAUCUCUUUAAUACUGUGUAUAUUUUGAGUAGGUCUAGUUAUUGGAACAUGUAGAAAGUGCCUGUUGAGGUGUUCUGCUGCACAACUAUGGACUUGUGUGAAAAACAGAUAUUUUCAGUAACAUUAAUAAAUGCACAUCAAGCUUAUUUUCUUGUCUAUUUUUAAAUACUUGUAUAAACAUAAAUAGUAUAUUUUUAAUUGCACAUUCUUUAAAAAGAAAAGUGGCUAAUUAUUAAUUGUAGGACCCCUGAGUCCAUCCUUAUGUAGCUGCGAAAACAUUUUUUUUUUCAUAACAUUUUUUAAUCUAGUGUUUAGUUCUUUGUAUAGGCCAGAUCUUUUACAAAAAUCCCAUGUAGCCUGUGCUAAGAUUUUGGCACCACUGCAUUGCCUCCACUCCUUAUGCAUGAUGUAAUGCUCAUGUGUAAAAUAUUUAUGGUCAGAUUAAUCAUAUAUAUAUAUAUAUAUAUAAAAUGAAAGUCAGUAGAUCUUAGAGAAAUGUUGUCAAGUAUAAAGUAUGUUUAGUAGAGAUGUUAAUUUUCUUUACUGAAGAAAAAGACACAGUGGGACCUACAUUUACUAAUGUUACUUGAAGUAAACAGUUAUUUUUGCCUUGAACAAAGUGGGAAAUUCUGUCUGGUAUGUAAAUUGAUUUCAUCAAAAUCAACUGUUUGUGAUGUGUUAAUGGGUUCUGUCUGUGCCCUGGAGACCAAUGCUGAAGUAUUUCAACAUUGGUCCUCAUGCUGCAAACUUUGUGUUUAUAUCUUCCACUGAAAUGCAAAGCAUGACUUAAUUUCCAUUCCUGUGUGUAUUUGAGUAGUAGCAAAUAAACUGUUUAUAAUUAAAGGAA